AUGGCCAAGUCUGUUGGUAAAAUAGCAAAAUUCGACAAUGUGAUUGUUACUUCUACAUUGAAAUCUACGUCAAGUAUUGUAAAUCAGGACUCAAUAAAUAUUUUUCCAUUGGCAUCAUCAAAAAAGAAGAACAUACGUACUUCUCUCCCAGCUCCAAUCAAUAAUCGUAUUACGGGUAAUAUUCGAGGUCCAACAUGGUGGUUAUCAUUGAUGCUAUUACUUAUAUCUGUUGCUGUUGGUUUUCAAUUCGGCCUUGUUUUUCUUUGUAAUGUUAAACGAUGUAUAACGGAUGAUUUAUCUUCAGAACAAAAUGGUGAUGACUUCUAUGGUGACCGUCGAGGAAAUCUAUCAUUUAUCUCAUCGAUUAAUUUACCUCGUGUAUCACAAAAGAAACAAUUGAUUCUGGUUGCUAUAAUGACAAGUAAAGAUUUUCUAGUAACACGUGCACCAACAGUGAUGCGUACAUGGGCAAGAAAUGUGCCUGGACAAGUCAUCUUUUUUUCAAGUGAAGGUUCAACUACAAAUGAUUCAAAUAUUAAUCUUGUUAGUUUACCAUCAGUGACAGACACAUAUCCACCACAGAAAAAAUCUUUUCUUAUGAUGAAAUAUAUUUAUGAUCAUUAUUUAAAUAAAUUCGAAUGGUUCAUGCGUGUUGAUGACGAUGUUUAUAUAAGAACAGAUAAUUUAGAAAGAUUACUUCGUUCCAUUGAUAAUCGUAAACCCUAUUACAUCGGGCAGCCAGGUAUGGGAACAAAAGAAGAAUUCGGUAAACUAGCGUUAGGUGAAAAUGAAAAUUUUUGUAUGGGCGGACCUGGUAUAAUAUUGUCUCGUGAAACUUUGGCUCGAUUUACUCCAAAUAUUAAAAAAUGUUUGAAAAACUUUUAUACUUCACAUGAAGAUGUUGAACUUGGCCGAUGUGUACAUAAAUAUGCAAAUACAUCAUGUACAUGGUCGUAUGAAAUGCAACAUAUUCUAUAUAAUCAUCCGAAUAAAACGGAAGGUUAUAAAGCACGAAAUUUAGUAUCAACAGAUAUUUUACGUGCUGUUAGUCUUCAUUCGAUAAAAGAUGUACGCGUAUUUACACGUGUGCAUAAUUUUGCUCUACAACGACGAAUUAUUGAACUCGAACAACGUAAUAUGUUAUUACGUCGGCAGACAAAAAUUUAUGAUCAAAUUCUUAAUAUAGAAAAUCAAAUAAAAUUUCAAAUAAAAAAACUUUUUCAAUUAAUACAAAGAACUAAAAACGAUCGAAUGCAAAAACAAUUGAAAUUACUAUAUAAACAACUAAAUAUGCCUGAUCGACAUAUUGCUGAACAAAUUAUGGCAUUGUACAAUAAUACAUAUCGAUUGUUUAAAAUUGAUAAUGAUCAGCAAUUGUCUUCAGAUCGUCUACUCUGGAAUGCUUUACAAGCAUAUUUAAAUCAAACUGUUCCAUCAUUGAACGAUUUAGCUUUUUCUUUUCUAUUCGAUUUACUUCAUUCAAUAUCCAACAACCAUACUCAUACGAAAACAUUCGUCAAAGAAAAAACUACUCCUGGCAUUUAUACAUUAUUUACUGCUAGUCAAUAUUCAGCUAAUACUGAGUUACCUGUUCGAUCGAUUGAACCAGCGUAUAAACAAUGUUUUGAUGAAGUCGUUCGGACAUAUAUGGAGGAAGUUAAUAAAAUUUCAAGAAACAUGGGUCGAUUUUUGGAAUAUAAAAAGACUUUAUAUGGUUAUUAUAAAUAUGAGCCACGACAUGGCAUUAAUUAUAUUCUAGAUUUAUAUCUUAUCUAUCGAAAAUAUAUGGGUAGAAAAAUGUCGGUACCCGUGCGGAAACGUGUUUAUGCUGUACAAAGAUUUCGUCCCCUAUAUUUUCGUGAACUUCCCUCUUCAUAUUCAAGUGCAAUAUUAUAUCCUGUUGGGGCUGACUCUUCUGAUAUCGUUAAUUUUAAUUCACCGGUGAUCACCAAUACGAAUGCAGCUGUAAUUUUAUCUUCUCCACCUGUUCCUAUUAAUAUGAUUGUACCUGUUAGUGGGCGUCUUGCUACUCUUCGACGAUUGCUAACAAAUUUUGAUCAUAUCGUAAUGCGUUCUAAUGAUCCUGGUCUUCUUAAUGUACAUCUCUAUGUAAUCUUAAUGGAAACAGCAGAAGAUAGUGGUGAACGUAUGUCAACAUUGGCAGAUUUUAUAAAAAGAUUUGUUCGAAAAUAUCAAUCUUCACGUAUUCAUUUAGUUGAAAUUGAAAGUGGAAAUUUCACACGUGGUUACGCACGUUCAUACGGUGCAUCUCGUUUCAAUGAUACAGAUCUUCUAUUUUUUAUUGAUCUUGAUAUGGUUUUUACUCGUGAUUUAUUUCCUCGCAUACGUCAUCAUACAAUUUUUAAUAAACAAGUCUAUUUCCCCAUUAUAUUUAGUCAAUAUGAUCCGAAUUAUUGGGAAUCAGCACAAUUCUUAUUAAAUAUCUCUUCGUUUAAUCUUCGCGAUGAUAUUGGUUACUGGCGACAAUAUGGCUUUGGCAUGUUGGGCAUAUAUAAAGCUGAUUUAGGACAAAUUGGUAAUUGGAAUGUUGAAAUAAGCGGAUGGGGAAAAGAAGAUGUGGAAAUUUACGAUAAAUUAGUACAAUGUCCAACUUUAAACGUCUUUCGCACAAUCGAUAAUAGUUUAGUGCAUAUAUUUCAUACAAAAGAAUGUUCACCAACAUUACGUGAUGAUCAAAUGAAUAUGUGCAAAGGAACUAAAUCGAUUACAUUGGGAUCACAACGCAUACUUGUACGAUAUGUUCAAAAACUGAUUCAGCUCAAUAAAAUCUGA